AUGGAGCAUCUUCAUCCCUCCACAUCUGGUGCCCACGUGGCAUCAGCAUUCCUUCCCGCUGCUGCGACUAAAGCAUAGCCCAUCCGUCUGCGUUUGUGCUAUGUCGACUACUGCACAGACCCUGCUCUGAUGUGCUUCGAGGCGGCAGGGGAAGGUGGGAGCAGCAGGAAAGGAGAUGUUCCUGAUCUCUGUGCUGGAAGCAGGAUGAACCUGAUGUCCAUGGCGACAGAUCCAGAGUUGAAAUGGAUAACCCUGUGGGUCCGUGUGAGAUGGGCAGCCGUGCUGGUGCUCCUUCUGAGUGCAGUGGUGAUGCUGCUGCUCCCACUGGCUGCGGUGGAAGACCAGUGCCAGACAGUGCUCAAAGGACUCUCCUUCCUGAAGAGUAAACUAGGUACAGGUUCCUCAGGUGUCACCAGAUACACAGGACAAACAACUGGGCUGAGUGUCGCCUCCAAUGGGCUGGAGCUGCUGGUGCUGAAAGGCAAAGCCACCCCUGAAGUGAAGUUGGAAGCCAGAGCAGCUCUGAACCAAGCCCUGGAAAUGAAGCGCCAAGGCAAGCGGGAGAAGGCUCACAAACUCUUCCUGUACGCCCUCAAAAUGGACCCCAAUUACGUGGACGCCCUGAACGAAUUUGGUAUCUUUUCUGAAGAGGAGAAAGACAUCCUGCAAGCUGACUACCUGUACUCCAGAGCCUUAACCAUCUCGCCCUGCAACGAGAAGGCUCUGAUCAACCGUGACCGGACGCUGCCGCUGGUCGAGGAGAUCGACCAGAGGUACUUCAGCAUCAUCGACAGCAAGGUGAAGAAAGUGAUGGCCAUCCCCAAGGGCAACUCCGCCCUGCGCCGGGUGAUGGAGGAGUCCUACUACCACCACAUCUACCACACGGUUGCCAUUGAAGGGAACACCCUGACGCUGUCAGAGAUCAGACACAUCAUUGAGACCAGGUACGCCGUCCCCGGGAAGAGCUUGGUGGAGCAGAACGAGGUCAUCGGCAUGCACGCGGCCUUGAAGUACGUCAACACCACGCUGGUGUCGCGCAUCGGCUCCGUCAGCAUCGCCGACAUCCUGGAGAUACACCGCAGGGUGCUGGGCUACGCAGACCCGCUGGAGGCAGGCAGGUUCAGGGCUACUCAGGUGUUCGUAGGCCAUCACAUCCCACCCCAUCCCCAGGACGUGGAGAAACAGAUGCAGGAGUUUGUGCAGUGGAUGAACUCGGAAGAUGCCAUGAGCUUGCACCCCGUGGAGUUCGCUGCCUUGGCCCACUACAAGCUGGUUUACAUCCACCCCUUUGUAGAUGGCAACGGAAGGACCUCACGCCUCCUGAUGAACCUCAUCCUGAUGCAGGCAGGUUACCCACCCAUCACCAUCCGCAAGGAGCAGCGGGCUGAGUACUAUCACGUCCUGGAAGUGGCCAACGAGGGCGACGUGAGGCCUUUCAUACGUUUCAUUGCCAAGUGUACGGAGACAACCCUGGACAUGCUGCUCAUUGCCACCACCGAGUACUCCGUGGGCUUACCUGAAGCAGAUGGCAGUGCUGCUGGGUGCAAACAAACCAUCCCUGUCAAGACUUGAGGGCUGUGGAGGUUCAGGAGCAGAGAAACACAUGGGAGAACACAAGGCUGAGCCACUCAGUAUUGCUGCAGGGAAAGAACUCGACAGGAGGUGUCACUUGUUAGCAUUUCGUUUAUUUAAAGCCUUUUCCUUUGAUUAAAUUAAUAUAAUUUAUUUAUAUACCUUAUGCCAAGCUGGAACGUGAACUGCUGAUGUUGUCUGUGCACUAUAAUUUGCUUGAGCUACUGGAAGGAGGCAGGGAGAAGUGGCAGAGAGGCUCAACCACCUGAAGCAGAACUUUGUUUCUCCUUAAAAUUAAGCUCGGAGAAGCUGCUUCAAUCACAGCCCUUCACCUGGCUGGUCAAGUACCUUGUCUGAUCUCAUCAAGGAGCUGCUAGGCAAGACAAAAGUUGUUGCUUUUGUGUAACCUCUUUUCCCUGUUGUUCAAAGAAACCCCAAAACACAACCCUUGCAGAACCAGCACUCCCAGCCAUGGUCACCAGACUUUUUCCUGUCAGUCACAUGAGUUUGAUUGACAGUACUGAUCAAGGAGGAGGCCAAAGUCCAGCUUAGAGGCAUCUCUCCUCUUCCAUUUCUGCCAUCAGUGAUACUUUGCACAUUUACAUUCAGUUGCCUUUCCUGGGGUGAGGUUUGUGCCACGAGCAGGAAGUACUUGGUUGAAGGUUACAGCUAGAAUGAGAGGGAAACAUUUUCUUUCCUUGCCCUGCAAGGUGUUUCUACUGUUCUUCAGACAAGAGAACCUUGUGCUCCAAGGCCCCCUCUCAGACCCCACCUUAUCCAGCAGAAUCCCUGAGCUGUCCUUAGAUACUUCAGUUCAGGGUUGAGGGAAAACAGCUUGCUUCUGCAAAGCUGUGGGUGGAAAAGGUUGUUACAUAACCAUGAGACAACCUUCAUCAGCUGUGCCUCGUUUAGUUAUGAGCAUGGAUUGCAAGUGUGCCAAAAGGAAUUUUGUUUCAAUCUACACAAGAAAACCUCUCUCAGUUAAUUACUAGGUCACGUUAUUAAACCUGUCAGGAAUCCCAGGAGGCCUCGUUGUGUUGCACUAGCAGUUGGUAAAGGACAUGGAAGCUGCUCUGCAUUCAAAACAAACCUACAAACCCCACUUUAUUUUGGCUUUUAGGAUAAAACCAUCUGCAGCCUAAAAAUCACAGCAGCUUCCUGUACCUCUACCUGCAGCUGUGCAUAAUGAUCCCAACACCUCUAAGCUCAAAAAAGCUUCACUUUGACCCAGUUUAGAGUGCUGUUAAGCUUAAACCCUUUCAGCUGUUAGACUGUCCUGCACCAGUGUGAAGUUCUUCCCCUUUAACUUACCUGGAGCAGACAAUAGGACAAGACUGGAGCUGUGUGUCCUACAGCACCAUCCCACACGUGUAUACUGCCAGGGAAAACCAACUGUGGAUGAGGAAGGUUGUUCUGUCCUCACAAAACAUGCCUUUGCUUUUUCCUUUUUGAAGUGUGAGGUGACUGUAAAUAAAAUUUGCACUUUAAGAGCUCUGGGUGGGGGGGGAAAAAGAGAAAUUGUUAUUUUAGUAACAGAUUAAUAAAAACUAUUUUACUAUUAAA